AUGGCAAGCCAGAAGGCGUGUUCAGCGAGGUCGCCGUCGCAGGUAUCCGCGCGCGCCACAGCGAGGUUGACGCCGCGGACAUCCGUGCGCCCAGCGAGGCCGCCAUCGGUGAGGUCGCAGUCCUGGACGUCCGUGCCCCGGCAAGGUCGCUGUCCCGGGCGUCCGCGCCCCGGCCAGCUGCGCUGUCCCGGGCGUCUGCGCCCUGACGAGGUCGCUGUCCCGACCUACCGGGCGUCCGCACCCCAUACGAAGAAGAAGCUCGAGUCUGAUUCAAGGCAGUGGCAGUCCGAUCUACAUGGAGAAGAGGCGAGGUGUAGAGGGAGCAACGAGCGGCGGCAGAGGCAGCAGUUUGCGGGCGGAGUCACGACUUGCAAGACGAGAGUCAAGGAGGAACGGGCCUAUGUCGACCAAUUUUCGAGGUGCCUAUAUGUCGAAUACAAGAGCAAAGGCAUAGACGUACAAUGCCAGGUACCCAUACAGGUGGCGACGAAGUUGGCGUCCAUCAGGAAACCCACCUUCCUGGCACCGUCGCCGGAGACGUAUGCCCGCGCCGCCGUCCGCUACAUCGGGUACGAGCCGCGGUGCACGCCGUACUGGGGGCACGCACUGGUGUGGCUCCUCAUCUCCCUUGUGCCUGAGCCUAUCGCCGACAGGAUGUUCCUAAACAGGUCCAUCAGCAUCCGCGCCAAGGGCCGCGCCAAAGAAGCUAAGAAGAAGGCGCAGUGA